ACAAAGGACGCAGGAUGUGGGUUUAUUUUCCGUGGUGACAAAUCGGUUUGGGGGAUUUUCAAUUAAUAUUAGUUGACUAUUGGUCGCACCGUUUUAUAAGCAGAGCAGUAGAAUAUAUUUGUGUGAAUAUAUUAGUUUUGAAAUGGAUGAAUGCAAAAUUUGAACGUGGAGGAUUCUUAAUAGUUAAUAAGUGCUCGUCUGAAUUAAAAAAAAAAUGAUUGGAUGAAAACAGCGCUUCGCAAACUCAUUAGUGCGCUAUUUUUUGUUUAAUAAAUGUUGUUAUAACUGGACAUUCAAGAGGAAAUGUUAAAAUCGAAUGUGUCACAGAUUGGAAAGAAUACGGUAUAGGAAUACAUGUUUUAUAGAAUUAUUUUAAUUGCGUAUGUUUCUUUUUAUUUACGAUGUAAAUAUCUGGAGCUUUCUGCUUAAAUUAGUGCUGCACUACGAGACAACGUGAUUUAUUUUAAAUGUUUAGAAGUAGUUCAAAACAGAAUCCAUUUUGUAGCUGUACAUCAAUAGCGAGAUAAAUAAUACAUUACACGCAGUGGUACACUGUUGAAAAUACACAUUCCACACAGUACUUUGAAACAAAUACGUUUUUGGUGUUAAAUGGUAUUAUCCUUGCCUACGGAUUGCCACAGUUAUCCAAACAACGCUGCAGGCUCGAUCGUCUAUUUAAAUUAAUGUAGGUAAUGUUUUUGUUUUGAGCAUAACAUUUACUAAUACAAUCCUGUAAGAAGUGUCAGAUUCCUCCUGGACAGCUGCUUAAAAUUCCUGAAUUCUUCAACUGAUUUUUAGACGAAUAAAUUAAACAUCUUUAUUGCAAACAUUUGCUAAAUACAGUAGUUAAGCCCUAAUAUACACAUAAAUGUCUAACAGUAGCCUGCCUCCCAUGGGCAAUCUUCCCCAGUGGUCCCGUGUUGUGUAUCUUGAUAAUGCCCGUUAUCCACGACCGUUUACCCGGGAUAUCCUUCAACCUUUGACUUGUCCCCCUGCUUUUGAACCUGGAAAGUUGUCACACGCACAAGAUUGCAUGGAUCCUGAUCAGAGUCGGGCCCCCAAGCUUGAGCAGAGCCUACAGUUCUUGCAACAACAGCACAGUGAGACACUGGAAAAACUGCAUGAAGAAAUUGAGCAGCUCAGGUGGCAAAAUAAAGAUCUACAGUAUAAACUAAUUAUGGAACCAAAACCAUACAGAAAAGAAAGCAGUGCAUCGUCCAGUGCCAGUCAAACUCUACCUUUAAUUAACCAGUCCAGCAGCAGUCAACACUCCUUGGGUUCUUCAAGGAGACUCCGAGGACUGCACCAGGAGGUCGAGCCCCAGGGACUGAAAGGAAUUUUCUUGGAACAGACAGUGCACAACAUGCAUCUUCAAAAUCUCCCUCCAGAGGCUGUGCAAAAGAGCAGUGGAGAUGACUCCCCCCCAGCCAAUGCACACGCAAUUCCCCCCAGCCAUGAGCAGAGUCAGAGACUGAUCACCUCUCUACAUCCCCUGAUGAUCCAGUACAGCCCCUCCCAAGUGCCACGCCCCCCCACCCUGCAGGAAUGUGAGGUCAUUAUUCGCCAACUAUACAACGCCAACAGCAUCCAGAGUCAAGAGAUUUUGCGUUUGAAAUCUGUUCUGAAGGAUAUUAUCUACAAGAACAAACUGACACCUGACACCUAUAUUCUAACAAAGGCUUGCCUAGCUCAUCACAGAAGUGAGGAUGUUACACAUUUUCCAAAACUACCUUUAAAGACACUGCCAAAGAAACUGGCUGAAGCACCACUAGCUUUCUCAGAAAGAGUGAUCCUGCCUGCUCUCAAACAGACCAUUGGAAACAGCUUUGCAGAGAGACAGAAAAGAACACAAGCUUUGCAGAAAAGCAGGAUCCGAAGAGCUGUGCUUUAACAAAUGAAUACUGCGAUGUUUUGUUUAACAGAAUCCAGAAUGUUAAUUCUUGCAUCUUGAACUUUAUGCAUAGACUACACAUUAAAAUACUGCCUGAUUAUAAUACAAUCUGUAUUUCAUUCUCACAUUAUGACUUAAGGAUCAGGUGUUAAAUGAAACAUUUUCAUCACUGAAUAAAUGGUGCUAACUAUUUUAUUUUACAGUCACUUUUAGAGGUGUACAUCACAGCAUUUACCGGUAACAAAGGAUUGUUUUUGGAUUAAAAUGUUUGGGUGGAAUGACCUUUAUGAGAACAAUGUUGUGCGCCGUCACAUCAGAAAAGAAAAAAAUCCAGGAGAUCCGAGUGUACUCUCUUGAGAUCACGAGUGAGGCUUCAUUUUACUUUUGCGUCUCUCACGAUAAAUCCGCAAGAGUGACUGUUGUUCUUGCUGUUUUUGUUGUGAUUUUAAACACGGAGUAACACUGGCUACAAUUAUUUUUUUGCUCAAUGACAGACUUUUAUCCAUACUAAUAAAACACUAAUAAACAACAUGACAAAUACUAUUAUUUUUUUAAAGAGAGACAUGCUUUUUUAGAUAAUUCCAAAGAAAGGCUUCUGCACUCCAAUGUUUAGCCUCCAUGAGGUGCAAACCAUAAGGCUAUGGUAUAUAAAAAAGAGAAAGUCGUCUAUGUGGACUCACGAUUACUUCUUCCAGUUUUCAAAUCAAGUCCACCAAGACAUAUAUACUUAUUACUUACCAUUUCCAUAACUGGAGAAUGAUAUGUUUGGGUGCUUUAUCUCAGUGCGCUUCAUAGACACAGAACACCUCCA